GAGGGUCGGCGCUUUAUUUCUCCCUUCUCGACAUUUCCUUCGCAUUACAAGACAAGUUGAGAGAGAGAGAGAGAGAGAGGCGUUUGCGAGAGAUCUAUUGCUGCGGCAUUUUUAGGGUGCGAUGUCAUCCGCAGCAGUUUCAACCGUCGCCAUCAGCUCAUUUGGUGCUCAAGCUGGUUUGGCUACAAAAUCCAAACCGCCGGGCUUAACUUUUAGUACCCGAAAAUCCUUCAAGAGUUUCAGCGGCCUGAGAUCCUCAUCAUCAAUUACCGUCGAAUCAGAGCCAUCCUUUCUAGGUGUAGAAACCAGUGCCGCUCUCCACGCGUCAUUCACCCCAAAAAUUGGGCCAAAAAUUAGGCCUUCAAAUCGACUCAACCCUCAAGCAUCGGCAUUUAAGGUUGCCGUCCUCGGCGCUGCUGGCGGAAUCGGUCAGCCUCUGGGUCUUCUGAUCAAAAUGUCGCCUUUAGUUUCUCACUUGCAUCUCUACGAUGUCGCCAAUGUGAAGGGAGUCGCGGCCGAUCUGAGCCACUGCAAUACCCCCUCUCUGGUGCGCGACUUCAGUGGCCAAUCUGAAAUAGCUGAUUGCUUGAGAGGAGUGGAUUUGGUUGUGAUCCCUGCUGGCGUACCGCGAAAGCCCGGCAUGACCCGCGACGACCUGUUCAACAUCAACGCGGGCAUCGUGAAAACCCUAGCGGAGGCUGUUGCGGACAAUUGCCCCGAUGCCCUAAUCCACAUCAUUAGCAACCCAGUCAAUUCGACCAUGCCGAUCGCUGCAGAGGUGCUGAAGCAGAAGGGCGUGUAUGAUCCCAAGAAGCUCUUUGGUGUUACAACCCUAGAUGUCGUUAGGGCUAAUACAUUCGUCGCGCAGAGGAAGAAUCUGAAGCUGAUUGAUGUGGAUGUACCGGUCGUCGGUGGCCAUGCUGGAAUUACUAUCCUGCCCUUGUUAUCUAGGACGAGACCGUCAGUGACUUUUGCGGAUCACGAAAUUGAGCAGCUGACGGUGAGGAUACAAAACGCGGGAACGGAGGUUGUGGAAGCGAAAGACGGCGGGGGAUCAGCGACACUGUCGAUGGCCUACGCUUCUGCGAGAUUUGUCGAGUCGUCUCUUAGAGCACUCGACGGAGAUGAGGAUGUUUAUGAAUGCUCAUUCAUUCAGUCCGAGCUUAUUCCCGACUUGCCCUUCUUUGCAUCGAGAGUCAAGCUCGGGAGGAAAGGGGUAGAGGCCGUGAUUUCGGCAGAUCUCCAGGGGCUGACGGAGUACGAAUCGAAAGCGCUCGAGGCGUUGAAGCCCGAGCUGAAGGCGAGCAUAGAGAAGGGCGUGGCUUUCGCGCAGAAGCAGAACGCGGCAGCUGCUUCCGUCUGAGAGAGAUAAAAGGAAAGGGGCUUCCUCCUAUCUUCUGAAAGAUCAUCUGAUAUAGAAUAAACGAUCGUUUCCAGUUUUGCAGCGUAGAAAAGAACUUUUCUUUCUUGCUUUCGCGGAAGAGUAUGGAGUAAUACAAACAUUGUUUUAUGCAGGCUUUGAAUGCAUAAAUUGUUGUACUCUUGUUGUUCCAAUUUGAAGUUGCUUUAGUCCAAACAAAUUAAUCCGAGUGCUAUUAAAGCUGUGUUUAUGCAGCAUGAGAGAAAACUUUUUCCA